AUGUUUAAUCGAAUUCCCAGCGUGCUGCGUUUUUAUAUACGUCUCUUUCAAUUCAUCGGCUGUUUCGACGCCUCCCUGCGCACCCAGUCAAAUGAGCAAAAGCUUGCUGAGCAUCGUCUUGUCACCUGGACCAAUCUACUUUUGCUGGUAUUUUCCUUGACGACAGUGAACACCUUUUUUCGACCACAUGCAUUUCUCUUCAUCACCGAAAGUUUUGGUUACUUUGUGGAUGCCUUAAAGGUGUGCAUAGCCCAGCUUACUGUCUCAAUCAUUUACAUAGAAACGGUAUUUCGUCGGUGUGCGUUGCAAAGAUUUUGGCAGAAGUACGCACUGUUAAAUCAGUAUACAAUGGAAGGUGCUCAAUCCAGAGAAAGGAAUUGGCCUAGUCAAUUGCGUGUACAUCGUCGAUUUCUUAACAUGUUUUGGGGCGUGACGGUAUUCGACUUGAUAAUACAGAUCGUUUACUUAAUAUUUCGACAGAAAAACGAUCAUCUUCUACAAUUUUGGGCCAUGUUUACUCCGUAUACUUAUAUAGUACACCUACGGAAUAUGCAAAUAAUUUUUCAUAUCGAAAUUAUGCGCCUCGAGCUUGAGAAGUUGCGUAACGACAUUGGCCUACUGGCAGAGUACACAUGCUUUGCGCGACGCGUGGUGCCUUUCGCGGGUUUUGAAGAUUUUGUGCGUCGGAAGUUGGCCGAGAAGCAGUUAGUGUUCCAGCAUAUUCAUGAGAUGUUUAAUUACUUUCAACAAGCGUUUGGCGUAUCUUCUAUAGCAGUCCUCCUGAUGACUUAUGUUCGCUUGGUCGUCGAUGCUUACUUCAUGCUGUACUAUCAAGCUAAAAGCUGGGAGUUUCUAGGUAAUACGGAAAUCGUUUAUGUACUAAAGACUAUAGACCAUUUUUAUUAA